UGCACGGUGCUGUGGAGCCGGGAGUGGAGCGGCCCCGCCAUGGCCAUGGAGGUCUACAUCCCGUCCUUUCGCCACAGAGGACAGCGACCUGGAGCGCGGCUACACGCUCCAGGACCUUUGUCAAGGCCACCGGUUCAGCCCUCUGCGCAGAGAUGCCAGCUGCCAUUGGUUCAGCCCAGACCACCUCCUCUGACGUGGUCACUGCAGCCCCUGCACACCUCUGUCCAUUUUGUACAAAACUGCUCCCGUCAGCACACCAGGUGUUUAAAAUAGAAGUGCUAAUGAAUGGAAGAAAACAUUUUGUUGAGAAAAGGUACAGCGAAUUCCAUGCCUUGCACAAAAAGCUUAAGAAAUGUAUAAAGACUCCAGAAAUCCCUUCUAAACACGUCAGGAACUGGGUCCCCAAAGUCCUGGAACAACGGCGGCAAGGCCUGGAGACAUAUUUGCAGGGAACGCAGCCCUUGUUCUACAGGAGACACCGAUGGGGGGAUUGGACGUGGGACACUGACAGAAUGGAUAGGGAUGGCCUGCAUCCCUCAUGGCCGUCAUUCUGGAGAACGAAGAACUCCCCAAACUCUUCCUUGAUUUCCUCAAUGUCAGACACUUGCCCUCUCUACCAAAGGCAGAAAGUUGUGGAUCUUUUGAUGAGACAGAAUCUGAAGAGUCAAGCAAGCUGUCCCACCAGCCGGUGCUGCUGUUCCUCGGGGAUCCAUACGUCUUGCCUGCAGCCAGCGAUUUUCCCAAUGUGGUCAUCGAAGGAGUUCUUCAUUGAAUAUUUUAUUCUCAUCUGCAGCCCAGGUAGAAGCCCUACCUGGCUGGAAGAAGCUGAAGCAAGUUUCAGUGUCAAUGGCAAGAACAUCAAUAGCUCGACCAACUUACCUGAAAUUCUGUGACACAAUAGCUCUAGCUAGUGGGAAAAUUCAGUCCUCGCUUCCUUCAGAACAGGGACAUUUCUAUUAGAAUGGUGCUUUUAAAAUUAGAAACUGAACCAGGGCAGCAGCUUAUGGCCAAUUGUUGGAGUGAAAAGGGGAGAUUCCAACAUGGGAAGUCAGGACAAGGAAGCCGCAAUGGAUUACUGGGGGCACCGAGUGUCACCAAACAGAACCAUCUCUGCUUCAACUGCACCAUUUGCUAAUUGGAAAUCAUAUCCCGAGUCCUGCUGACCCUGAGCGUCUUUGGUGGCCUUUUGUUUGGACCUUGACAACACUCAUCUUUACAUCAUGAGAUUUUUUUCUCAGCAGGGGCUACCGUAUUCAGGGGUGCUGGCACCAAAAGAGGGCCCUGGAACCUACUGCUAAGUGUGAGGAAAAAGCCAGCCUGGACAUCCAGUUAUACUGACAGUAGAAUGCACUGAAGACUAGAAUGCGUUUAGUUCCCACUUCAGGGGUGUUGCCUCCCACCUACGGGUUGGCUUCCAGCAUCGGUGCUUGAGAUGAAAUGGGGUGUUGGCGCAAUCCUUGAGAGUCCCCUAGGAAGACACUAUACUGGAAGUCUGGCCUCCCCUUUUUUCCUCUAGUAUUGGAAAGUAUGAGUGCCCCUCUGAAGGCCAGUUGGCACCCCAGUGAAGUCCCAGGGGCCCUUUCCUGUAGGAAGAACACGCUUUAAACACUAGCCUCACACUACAAGUUCUUGUCCCAGUGGGAGUCAGAUGUGAGUUGACACUGGUGGCAGCAGGCACAGAUGAACUGUUUGUGUCUGGGUUUCCUCCAUGGUGUACAGUCAUGGUAUUGCCACAGGCUUUUGUGUGGUUGUUCUUCCAGGUUUCUCUUCGCUGGCAUCAUGUAUGGAUUAAUGUGAGUUAGAUGUUUGAUGAUGUCUUCUCUCCUGGGAGUUAAACACAUGGUCAUCUUUUGUAGAAUGUAUGUCCUACCUGUGUGUAUGUACUGAUGCACAUAACCUACUUAUGGUUAUAAGUUUUCAUAAAUUUAAAUGUUGGAGAAAAUUUGUACAGUUGAAAGUACCACGUCAUGAAUUUUUAUUAGCGUCUAACCCCACAGAUCGAAAGCCUGUUGCGAACUUUUAAAGAUAACGUUUUUACGAUUGAUUGUGUAAUUACAUGUUAGAAAUAAAGUAAUCAAGUGUCGUCAGCGAAAAAUAGCUAAAUGGUGACGUAUUAGAGAUAAUUUUUAAAAUGUUUUUAUGUUACUAGCUAUUUUGAGUUAAAUAAAAGUGAACAAAAGUA